AUGCCCCCGCUUCCCCCCACCACGCAGACCCUAACAACACGUCUUACUGCCCUAUCCGACUCGAAUAAGGCCGUUCAGCAACUCAUUCACCGCCUUGCCAAAUUAGAUUUUCAGCCCGGAAGCCAACCACUAAACGCUGACGAGGGCGACGUCCGAUUGGAACUCAGUGCUGAGAUACAUGAGAGUUUGAAGGCAAUUGAGGAGGAACUUGAGCUUCUAAACCAGGAAGUCGAAGACCUUGUCGGCGCGGGAAGUUCUGGCAGGCGAAGGGACAGCGUGAGGGAAGGGGAGAGAAGCAGACUUGCCGUACUACUAGCGAGGUUGACAGAGGACUUGAGAUCUUCUCGAUCACAAUACCGCAAGGCGCAAUUGACCGCCAAACACAACGCCGACCGCGCGAAACUCAAAGAACGCGAACUCCUCUUUUCAAAUCUCCAAGCCGGCGCCGGCUCAUCGACUCCCUCCUCCACCCACCGCCGGCGUGGCAACGGCCUGAACGAAUCCGAAGUUGUCACGCAAGCCUCCUCGGACGUGACAGCUGCCCUCCGACGCACGCACCAGUUGAUGCAAAGCGAGCUCUCACGCUCACGCUUCGCCCAAGAAACCCUCGAAGAAUCCACAGCUGCGCUCGCCGACCUUGGAGAGAAAUAUUCUGACCUGAACUCCCUUCUCGCGAAUAGCAAGACGCUUGUCACGACUCUGCUCAAGAGCCAGAAAAGCGACACGUGGUAUCUUGAAACCACAUUCUACAUCCUCAUCACCACACUCAUCUGGCUCAUCUUCAGAAGGUGGUUCUACGGCCCAAUCUCCUGGUUCAUCCUCUGGCCGCUGAAGAUCCUCUUCCGGGUCGUCUUUGCGUUUGUCCCUGCUUCAGCCGCGACUUCGAGCGUUGCUGCAAGUCCUACGAGUCUCAUCGUUAAACCGAGCGCAACGGGAGGCAUACCCCCGCGCCAGCCCGGACAACAGGCGAACUACGUACGCGUGGGCGGCGGUGGAAGAGGGUACCCGGGAAACCCCCAAGAUCCAAGUCCCCCCGAGUCACUAUCACACAGCGUAGGCAACAUGGCGGAGAAAUCGCAGAACCAGCAGAACGCGGAGGAGGAAGUACCAGACCACCCGCAGCUCAGGCGGAAAAACCACCAAGAAGACGACGGUCCGGUUGUGAGGGGCGACGGCACGGUACUCCAGGAGCGCGCCGACCGGCCGCGCAACCCGAAGAAGAAGAUGUGGGAGGAGGACGUGGAGAGCGCGAAGUUUGAGCAGCAGCAGAAGGAGGCGGAGAGGGAGAUUCUGGGGAGCAGAAGGCGGCGGAGGGGGAGGCGGGGAUAA